AAUCAACUUUCAAGCAGCUGGGAAAAAGUGUCCACGCCGGUUAUUCGCAAGCAGUCGAAAUUAUUUAACUAACUUAUUUAACUCCGCCAUCAAAAUGCGUGAAAUUGUACAUAUUCAAGCUGGCCAAUGCGGUAAUCAAAUUGGUGCCAAGUUUUGGGAGGUCAUCUCAGAUGAACAUGGUAUUGACCCAACUGGAACCUAUCAUGGAGAUUCAGAUCUUCAAUUAGAAAGAAUAAAUGUUUACUAUAAUGAAGCCACGGGGGGAAAAUAUGUCCCAAGAGCAGUUAUGGUCGACCUGGAGCCAGGGACAAUGGAUUCAGUUCGCUCGGGACCAUUUGGGCAGAUUUUCAGGCCUGAUAAUUUUGUUUUUGGCCAAAGUGGUGCUGGUAACAACUGGGCAAAGGGACACUACACAGAAGGUGCAGAGCUUGUUGAUUCAGUUCUAGAUGUUGUUCGCAAGGAAUCAGAAAGCUGUGACUCACUUCAAGGUUUCCAGCUUACUCAUUCACUUGGUGGCGGUACUGGAUCUGGUAUGGGCACUCUGCUCAUCUCAAAGAUCCGUGAAGAAUACCCAGACAGAAUUAUGAACACUUUCAGUGUUGUACCGUCCCCAAAAGUAUCAGACACUGUUGUUGAACCAUACAAUGCGACCCUUUCCGUACAUCAACUUGUAGAAAACACUGAUGAAACAUUCUGCAUCGACAACGAAGCUUUGUAUGACAUCUGCUUCAGAACACUUAAACUGACCACACCAACGUAUGGAGAUCUGAACCAUCUUGUCUCAGCUACCAUGAGUGGUGUCACCACCUGUCUCAGGUUCCCAGGACAGCUGAAUGCUGAUCUGAGGAAACUGGCAGUAAACAUGGUGCCAUUCCCACGAUUGCACUUCUUCAUGCCUGGCUUCGCUCCACUCACAAGCAGAGGCUCACAACAAUACAGAGCCCUGACUGUGCCUGAACUGACUCAACAAAUGUUUGAUGCCAAGAACAUGAUGGCAGCCUGUGACCCACGUCAUGGACGAUACCUGACUGUUGCUGCCAUGUUCAGAGGCAGAAUGUCAAUGAAGGAAGUUGAUGAGCAAAUGUUGAAUGUCCAAAACAAGAACAGCUCGUACUUUGUUGAAUGGAUUCCAAACAACGUGAAGACUGCAGUUUGUGACAUUCCUCCACGUGGACUGAAGAUGUCAGCCACAUUCAUUGGCAACAGCACAGCAAUCCAAGAACUAUUCAAGAGAAUCAGCGAACAAUUCACUGCUAUGUUCAGAAGAAAGGCUUUCUUGCAUUGGUACACUGGAGAAGGUAUGGAUGAAAUGGAAUUCACAGAGGCAGAAUCCAACAUGAAUGACUUGGUGUCUGAGUAUCAGCAAUAUCAAGAUGCAACUGCUGAAGAGGAGGGUGAGUUUGAAGAAGAGGAAGAAGAAGAAGCCUAAAGAAACAUGGACGUGUCUUGAUGAAACUGUUUUAAGCGUAAAAAUUAAAUGUUUUAGUGUUAGAAGUAUCGAAAGAUACUUGGUUUAUAAGAGAGGAAACCGGAGUUA